AUGACGAGGACCGAUCCCUGGGAGCUGCUAGGCGUCGCGGAAGGGUCCUCCGUCGAUGAGAUUAAAGCAGCCUUUCGCGCCAAGGCAGGUGAUGUGACACGUGGCGUAUUGCUGUUGGCGAUGAGGUGCCGAGACGAUAUCAAGAACGUCCAUCCCGACGUGUACCGAGGGGAGUUGGACGCUGAGGCGAUCACAACCCGCCUCGUGCUCGCCUAUGAGUUGCUUCUAGAGGAGGUGGAGAAUCCUACGGGAGGCAGAAGAUGGAGGAGAGAGGAAGAAGAAGAGGAGGAGGAGGGGGAUCUCUGGCCCUGGGUCAACGAAAUUCGUUGCCUUGGUCAAUCCUGUCGCUCCAGCUGCAUAGUGACUGCGCCCUUCCUCUUCUCCUAUGUGGAGGAUACAGCCAGGGCCCGUGCCAUGUCCCCUGAUGCCUUCCAAGGGUGGACAGUGGGAGGGGAGACUAAGGACAGGGCUCGUUACUGUGUCAACCUGGCUGUGGGGCAAUGCCCUGAGCUUUGUAUACACUAUGUAACAUCGGCACAACAUGCUGAACUAACUGAAAAUCUUCAAGGGAUUGUAGAUGGGGUGGUACCCUUGCAAGAAGGUGCUUUUGAUAUUCAGUCGUACAUAGCAAAAUCCACUAUCGUGAACAUCCCUGGUAUCACCAGCAACGGCAGCACGGCCGCGUUAUUCCACCUCAUCCUCCCCCAGCGAUACGUGAUCGUGCUGCUAACGCUGGUCUGCUCCGCCGUGUGCUAUAUCGAACGCGUGGGGUUCUCUAUCGCGUACACGGCGAUCGCGAUCCGCGAGGGAGUGGAUCAAGCGACGAAAGGAUGGGUCAUGUCGGCAUUCUACUACGGAUACGCAUCAUCACAGGUUCCAGGCAGUUGGGCGUCUCAAAAGUAUGGCGGCAGGCGCGUCCUCACAUACUCAUUUGUAGCCUGGUCCGUUUUAUGCGUUCUAACGCCCACCGAGUCACCCCCUGACAGCACCGGCAGCGGCCCCAAUACAGUCACACUCGUUAUAAUCCGCCUGCUAGUAGGCAUCGCCCAGGGAUUCAUAUUCCCCGCUAUACACACCGUAUUGGCUCAGUGGACCCCCCCUCACGAGAAAUCCCGUGCAGUGAGUCUGUCUAUGUCGGGGAUGUAUCUAGGAGCAGGCAUAGCCAUGCAAAUACUACCCGGAUUAGUAGCUUCUAGAGGGCCCGAGUCGGUGUUCCAAUUAGUAGCAGCCAUGGGCGUCGCGUGGACUAUUUUAUGGGUUAAAUAUGCGACGGAUCCGCCUGGGGGGGCGACGGCGUUUGCGCAUGUGCCUGUGGGGGGCGGCAUGGGGGGGCAUAAGGGGAGUGAAGCGGAGCUGCUUCCGCUGGUGAAUGGGGAUGGGGAGCGGGGGCGGGGGGGAAGGGAGGAGAAGGAGGAGGAUGAGGAGGAAGAAGAGGAGCAGCAGCGGCUAAAGAGACUCGGGUUUGCAGUGAACCAUAUGGAUAUAGCACCGAGGUUUGCAGGGGUGGUGAUGGGUGUGUCGAAUACAGCAGGGACUAUGGCAGGCGUGGUGGGUGUGGCGGCUUCUGGGUUGAUUCUAGAGGCGUUUUCAGGGGGAGAGGGGUCAGGAGGAGUGGGGAGCGGUGGAGUGGGUGGUGUGGGAGGAGCAGGAGGGGGAGGGGGAGGAGGAGGGGGGAUUGAUCCAGGGUGGUGGUGGGUGUUCUUCACGCCAGCAUCCCUGUGUGUGGUCAGUGCUUUGAUAUUCAAUGCGUUCGCCACGGGGGAGAGGAUCUUUGAGUGA